UGCACCAACUGCGACACCACGAAUACUCCGUUAUGGCGUCGCAACGCAGGCGGCGAUCCACUGUGCAAUGCAUGCGGCUUGUUCUUGAAACUUCACGGUACCGAACGUCCUCUGAGCAUGAAGACCGAUGUCAUCAAGAAACGUAACCGC